UAAAAAUAUUUUCUGAAUGUAAAUUGAAACAUUAAUGACUGUGUCUUUAGGCGAAUAGUUCAUUUUCCCCGUCCGCAAGAAUAAGUCUCUUGCAAACAACAAAAAUUAAUAAUUGCAAGCAAAUUCCCUCGUUAAUAUCACAUUAGUGAAGACAGCCAUGAACUCGACAAGAUAUUCACCAGUUGUUCACAUAUCAGCGUUCAUGUUGUUACUCAUGUUGGUGGGGGGAGCCACAGGAGUGCUAUUAUCGAACCAUUUCUCCAAAGUCAUAGGGAACGUCGUGAACAACGAGUGCCUCCUGACGACGGCCGUGGCCGCCCCUGUCCCACUGGGUCUACGUGGCGCCUGCAGUCUCAUGUGCCAGCAGAACUCCAGCUGUCACUUCUUCUGUUUCUUCAAAAGUAACAGUACGUGCGCGCUGUUCAGAGCCUUCGUUGCCGUGCGAUGGCAAGGCCAUCCUGUCUCAGCGUCCACCACAACGUACGACGCUUGCUACACGUCGUGGGGGGACCCCCGGGACAUCGUCAAGACGAACUCCCCCUUCGCUUACUCCUCCAUUUUAGUGGCAGGCAGCCAGUCCUAUGCCACCGAUGGCUAUGCCUGUAAUCCACCGAUCCAUUUUGUGACGUUACGGCAAUCCAACAGUUACACACAAAUCGACAUGCAGAAGAUGGAAAGAGUCCACACGGUGAUUGUGGCCACAGCCUGGCCAGACCACUUCUCUGACUUGGACGUGAUCCUCAGCAACACAACUGACUUCAACCUGGGCAAGAAGAUAGGACGAGUUGACGGCGACACUCCGUCGUAUUCAACGUAUUCGUUCGACACCAACACCAGCGUGGCGGGGCGGUACAUCACGUUCUUCCAGGCGCCUUACGACUACCAUGGGUUCGCAGACAUCCAGCUCAUCCCGGAGGAAAUUUAA